ACUUCCCUCAGUAGGAACGGGAGGUGAAAGGAAAGGGCUGCUGCGGUUUCUGUAAGAAUCAGCACAUACUGUUUAGAUAGAUACAUACAUACAAUAAAAAGUCGUUUAUACUUUAAAAUAUCAAUAACUCUGUUAUGUGCAGCAGUCACCUCUCUGCGUAAUGGUUGUAUUAAAUAACAACAAUGGCAGUAUCCCGGAAGAGGAUUAUCUUCUGAUUGAUGACUGCUGCUCAUCAUUGCCAUCCUCCCCUUCAAAGCGAGGGUCCCUGGCCAGAAGGAAGCAGUAUUUCAUCAACCAGGCGAUCCGCAACUCUGACCUCACCCCCAAAGCUAAGGGGCGCAAGAGCCAGCGCAGACUGGAGAACACUCGCUACCUGGCAAACCUGCUGGAGAAAGAAGAGUGCUCAAAGGAUGAAGAGGAGGAGAGUGAGUACACAGCACCCCCCUCCAUCUUCACAGAGGCCUGCACCAAUGGGAACUAUGUGCGGCUGUGGAAUGACUUCAUGAACCGCUCUGGGGAGGAGCAAGAGAAACUACUGGUCUAUCUGGAAGAAGAGGCCAAGAGAAAACGCAGCACGAAGCUUCCAGAGAAAGCAGAGAAUGACCAAAGAGAAGAGUACCCUGCCUACACCCCCAAAGACAGCUUCCAGAGAAUUGACCGGAGACUGCGAGCUGCACUGAAGCGCAAGCAAAUCCCAAUGGGUACACUGGAGUUCCUAGAGGAGAAGCUGAUGGUUUUUUUCUCAGCACAGCCGCAGUCUGUUUUCAAGGCAGUACUGGAGAGCAGCUAUGAGAGAUUGCUGCUCCAUGCUAUCUGCCAGUAUAUGGACCUUGUCUCUGCAAGUUCUGACUGCGAUGGGAAGAGACAGACUGAAGUGGUGAAUAAACAGGAGGAAUUCCUGCCUCCAGGUUUGCUCUUGUCUGCCUACCUGGAACAGAUGUGCUGACAGAGAGCCUUUUCCAAACAAACCUCUAGCCUUCACAUGCAGCUGCUCUGCCAGCCUCUGCGCAUUCAGGGGAUACCUUUACUAAACCACAGUCGAAGUAUUGUACAGUCGGAAUUAUCUUUUAUCUUGAUUGUAGGAUAAAGAAAGCCCUUGUUAUCUAGAGCAUGGGUGUAUCUGCUUCUGUUGCCGGUGAUUGAUCUCACAUUUUUUAAAUUACCCAAUGAAUUUAUCGGUCAGCAGUGUUUAUAAAUAACUAGUUACUAGUAGCACAAUCCCUGCAAUCAAUACCUCAUGACCAGUUCAGAGCUGAUCUAGUACAGGCCUGAUUGGUUUGUAAUGCAUUUCCAAGUAGUUAUAAUAACAAAACUAGGUGCUGCAGGGCAGGCAAAUUGAUCAGUCCACCCUUGCAGAUGUUUGACAUCUACAAGAGACCCUUACUGUAAUCAGUAACCCAAAAUGGGGUCAGUUCCAUGAAUAAAGGAGUAGAACAUUGACGUAUAAAUCUACAAAUAUUUUCUAUUUGAAAGCACAGCAGUAGGCGAACCACAGGUCUGCAGUUGUAAGUUCCAGUAAUAUUGGGCAUGAACGUCUCCUAUAACCUGGCCCUAACCAAUAUGACUACUUAAUACAAGACACUUAAAUGUCCACAUUUUUUAAUUUCUUCACAUUAUUGGGUGCGUUUUCUUUUCGGAAAGAAAAUUGUGUCUAUAUACAAGAAACAAGUGUACCCCAAAUUAUUAAUUUCAAAAGGAAAACGAUCAAUCAUGGCUGAUAGUUGGUACACUUUUAGUUGUUACAUGUAAGCCAUUAACAUGUGAACCAUUACGCCUUAUGUAUGUAUGCGUGUGUGUGUCAUAUAUAUAUAAAAAAUAUAUAUAAUUUUGUCUGUGUAUAUGUGGGUAUAUAUGUUCUCUUUGGUGCUACCAUGGAUAUUUCUUCCAUGGGCUCAUUUCAGGCAAAGAACUGAUUUUAGUAAUUUGUUUAAUGAUGCAUUUAAGGACAAUAAUGUAAAGUUACCAAAGUUUGUGUUUUUAGCUGUUUUGUGUACAAUAUUAUAGUCCCAAAGUGUACUAGCCUUCUGACCUUUCAGAAUGUUUCUCCGUGACCAUUAGUGGUCCCCAUUGAUUGUUUAUAAAUACCAAAAGGGGCUUUUUCUUAUAUUAAAACCAUUUGUGGUCAUGUUAAGUGUAUUAUUUAAGUGGCUUUCUAUUAUAAAAAAUAAACUGGAUCCCAUUUA